GUUUCGUCCUUCAUCUUCUCAGUCGGCAGGACCUGCUUCUCGCUGAGGAUGAGUGAGGAAAGCCGCAGCUCGGCGGGGACAGCCCGUUAGCCUAGAGCGCCGGCACCCGAGUCGGGCCGCCGGAGCCGCGCCUGGAGCCGCGGUGGGGGAGGGGCAGCGGCGGCCCGCGCUGCGUCGAGCUUCCCAGAAUUCCCAGCGGCCGCGGGGAAAGUUUACGGGAUGUAGGCGGCGGCGGCGGUAGUGGUAGCGGUUAUCCGGCGGCCCACGGCGGACCAUGGCCCUGGCCCGGCGUCGCUGGGCUUUCCUCACGGCGUCCCCGAGCAGCGUCGCAGAGUGGGCCGACUUCCGGGAAGGAACUGACCAGCGACUGAGCGGCGGCCGGCGCGCUUAGCGCCCUGAACAUGCGGCAGUCCCUGCGGGCGACCCCGGGCUCCGGACAGGCGGCGGCGGAGGCGGCGGCUCGGGAGGGAAGGAGGCGGCGGCGCCGGCGGAGGUGGCGGCGGAGACGGCCGGCGCCCGGCGCGGCGCCCUAGGGAGGCAGUUCAGCGCGGCCUCGGGCCUCGUCGAGAAGGAUGCUGUCCCGAAAGAAAACCAAAAACGAAGUGUCCAAGCCGGCCGAGGUGCAGGGGAAGUACGUGAAGAAGGAGACGUCGCCUCUGCUUCGGAAUCUUAUGCCUUCAUUCAUCCGGCAUGGUCCAACAAUUCCAAGACGAACUGAUAUCUGUCUUCCAGAUUCAAGCCCUAAUGCCUUUUCAAGUUCUGGAGAUGGAGUAGUUUCAAGAAACCAGAGUUUCCUUAGAACUCCAAUUCAAAGAACACCUCAUGAAAUAAUGAGAAGAGAAAGCAACAGAUUAUCUGCACCUUCUUAUCUUGCCAGAAGUCUGGCAGAUGUCCCUAGAGAGUAUGGUUCUUCUCAGUCAUUUGUAACGGAAGUUAGUUUUGCUGUUGAAAAUGGAGACUCUGGUUCCCGAUAUUAUUAUUCAGACAAUUUUUUUGAUGGUCAGAGAAAGCGGCCACUUGGAGAUCGUGCACAUGAAGACUACAGAUAUUAUGAAUACAACCAUGAUCUCUUCCAAAGAAUGCCACAGAAUCAGGGGAGGCAUGCUUCAGGUAUUGGGAGAGUUGCUGCUACAUCUUUAGGAAAUUUGACUAACCAUGGUUCUGAAGAUUUACCCCUUCCUCCUGGCUGGUCUGUGGACUGGACAAUGAGAGGGAGAAAAUAUUAUAUAGAUCAUAACACAAAUACAACUCACUGGAGCCAUCCUCUUGAGCGAGAAGGGCUUCCUCCUGGAUGGGAACGAGUUGAGUCAUCCGAAUUUGGAACCUAUUAUGUAGAUCACACAAAUAAGAAGGCCCAAUACAGGCAUCCCUGUGCUCCUAGUGUACCUCGGUAUGAUCAACCACCUCCUGUCACAUACCAGCCACAGCAAACUGAAAGAAAUCAGUCCCUUCUGGUACCUGCAAAUCCAUAUCAUACUGCAGAAAUUCCUGACUGGCUUCAAGUUUACGCACGAGCCCCUGUGAAAUAUGACCACAUUCUGAAGUGGGAACUCUUCCAGCUGGCUGACCUGGAUACAUACCAGGGAAUGCUAAAGUUGCUCUUCAUGAAAGAAUUGGAGCAGAUUGUUAAAAUGUAUGAAGCAUACAGACAAGCCCUUCUUACAGAGUUGGAAAACCGAAAGCAGAGACAGCAGUGGUAUGCCCAACAACAUGGAAAAAAUUUUUGAGCUGAUUUUUUAAAAAUUUAAGUUUUGUAAGAGCUUUAAAAUAUUUUCACAGAUAAAAAAUUGCAAACAAGUACUCUGGUUAAUAAAUGCUGCUUCCUUUGUGGAAAUUAUAAAAUUCUAACUUUACAUGUAUUUUGUUAUUAGAAAUUUUCUUUUAUUGAACGAGAAAAAUUAGUCUAUCAUUUUAAGAGCCAGUAUGGCAAACACUUUCAGAUACUGUAUAUUAGGAAACUGUUUUGGUAUUCUUGAUGGAAAAAAAUGCAGCAGAAAUGUCAUUAUGAACAGAUGUUAAAUAGGAAAUUACUACUUGUUAACUUCUUACAGCAGUAGUACCUUUUAAAAAAAAAAGAAUCUGCGGUAUUUUUUUAAAAAAAAUGUUUACUGCUCUAGUGUGAAAUAUUGUCUGGAAAGGGAUGGUUUAAAUAUUACCAUGAUGUAGUUGAAAUAUAAAAUAGGAUUUGGAACCUUAUUGUGAUAAAUAUUUAUAUAUGAUGUAUGUUUGUCUCCCCUCUCCAAAGUAAGGAACCCAGCUGGGUGUGGUGGCUCACUCCUGUGUAAUCCCAGCAUUUUGGGAGGCCGAGGUGGGUGGAUCGCUUGAGUUCACGAGUUUAAGACCAGCCUGGGCAAUAUGGUGAAGCCCCAUCUCUACAAAAAAUACAAAAAAAUUAGCCGGGUAUGAUGGUGUGUGCCUCUAGUCCCAGCUACUUGGGAGGCUGAGGUCAGAGGAUGGCUUGAGCCCGAGAGGCAGAGGUUGCAGGGUCAAGAUCGCACUACUUGCACUGCAGCCUGAGAGACAGAGCCAGACCUUGUCUCAAAAAAUAAAAAAUAAAAAUAAAAAAACAAAAUAAGGAAUCCUUUUAAAGCAUGUUGAGAAAGUAUUUUUUGGUAUGAAUGGGUGACGGGCCUUUUAAUCUUUCAGAAAUACAUAUAAGCAGAAAUACUUAGCCUGUAUUGGGAAGGUGCGUGAAACUCAAAGUUGCUAACAUCAUCUUCCUUAUUUUCAGCCAGUGCUGUUACUGCAUUUAGCAUGGCUCUGACGAGGCAGUGGAGAGUUCCUGACAGCAUAGCAUACUGCCUUCUGACAGACUGGGUUAAGCUACCAAAAAUGACAAUCAGGGAUUCAAAAAAAAUUUUUGGUCAUUAAAUCGAAUGUAUAUUAUUACUUUUUAAUUUUCUAAGUAUUUAUCACAGGACUUUAACACCAUAUAUUUCCCUCCCAGUUUUUCUCACCCUUUUGGUUUAAUAGUUAAAACAUUUUUCAUAAUUAGUGCUGUACACUUGAUUGCAAACAAAUUGGUGAUACUUCUAAACUAUAACUAUAAAUCUCUAGAAUUCUGUGAAUUUCAACAUUAUUUGAAGUAGUUCUUCAGUUAUAUUUACAUGUGUUGUAAAUAUGUAAAUAUACUUUUAGCUUAGGAGGUCUUCCAGAAUACAAACUACUCCCAGUUAGAUAUCAGUGAGUUUGAAUAACUGAAGAAAUGUUGACAAUGUUAAGUGUUUGAUUUUAUAUAACAAGCUUAUUAAAUAUAUUUUUGUGGAAACUAAGCGCGUGGUUUUUGAGUCCAUGUUUUAGACAUAGUGCUGUAUUUCAUUUUUCUGUUCAAAAGGCCAUAGACAAAGGAAUCAAUAUAAUUGAAAGGGGUAAUGAAAAGGGGUAUUGAAAAAUGAAAGUAUGGCUAGUGGAAUUUUAUCACUGGGAAAAGCUAAUUUGCUGAACUUGUGAUCAGACUUUUCUAAGAUGUAAGUUUAUAUAUCUUAUGAACUCCCACACUCCUCUAUCUUAAUUGUUCUUUCCUGUCACUUCUUACUUUAUAUCGCUACUUAAUUAUGGUGUAGCCAUUUCUGUGACAAUCUUUAGAAGUUACUCUGUUUUGGACCUCCUAGAUAAGUAUUACUUUUUUCAUUAACACACUUUCCUUCUUCCUCUAAGAAGUCUGUUCAGUGAAACUCCACUAGAGAUUUUAGUCAUUAAGAACUAGAAGUUACCUAAAGGAAUUAGCAUGUUUUGUAAAAUAGAAACUUAAGUUUGUACUGAUGUCAACAUUAAAUAAAAUGCAUCUUGAGUCUAAAAAAAGAGAUAAACCUUCAUCAUUCUAUAUCAGCACCUCUCAUUUUCAAAUUCAGUAAGCAUUUGUUUUUAAUCUUAGGAACCAGAGUAAACUUUAAUAAUAGUUCACAUAUUAAAAUAAUAAACCUAUGAAGAAUACAUUCUUUGUGUACUAAAUGAAAAAAUAUACAAUGCAGUGAAACUCACAUAUACAAAGUGAUUUUUGUGCAUUUUUUAUCAAGAGGUUUAUAUUCUAUUAAACCAUGUAAAAGCAAUAUCUGGUUUUUGAUAAAGCAACUGAAGAACUCUAAAAUGUGCUUAAAAAUAAGAUUGUGAUAUAUAUAAGAUGACACAGAUUAAAUCAAGCCUGCUGAGUUAUGAUGCUGUGUUUUAACAAAUGGCUAUGUGAAAUAAUUUAAAAUUUUUUCUGUAGAAAUUAAAUGAGCAUAUCCAAACGUGGAAUAUCACAUGAUUUAAUUAUAACCCAGUAGUAGAAUUUAGUAAAUUCAAGCAGAACACGUGUACUGUUAUCAUAAAUAGACAAAUACUUUAUAACAGCAUUUUUGAAGAAAAAUCAGAAAAUUGUACAUGUUAACAAAAUAGUAUAACCAUGCAUACAUACAUCUGCUUAUUAAACACUGAAGUAAAAGAACUAAUCCAGUUUGCAGUCUUCAGAGGUGUUUAGUAUUUUACUCUGUUCUGAUGGAAGCACUUCGAAUGUUUGCAUGGAGACAUAAAACUGAAUAUUUAAUUGACAAUUGGUCAUGCACCUGUAUUUCUUAAAAUUUGGAUUACAUUUUUUUCUUUUCUGAUUGUUCAGUAGAUUCCGACUUUGGUGUAGGGAAAGCUUGAUGAUACAGAUGUCUGUGGGUUGCUGCUGCACUGUAAAGCUUGUACAAAGCCUAGAAUAAAAGCAUCAAGAUUAUAAAACAUUUUAUUAAACACACAGAUGUAAAAUUUUUUGCUUUUUAAAAAGUUUAUCGUACUGUAUAAAAUUUAGCAUGUUGAAUUUGAAAUCUUUUUUAAUCGAUAUAUAAAUUAAUAUCUUAAAAUUCAAAAGUAUUUUCAACUCCUCAAUGUGUGCAUUAACACUUUUGUGUGUUGACCUUUGUGGUAAAUGUUUUAUUCUCAAACUGUGUUUCCUUUUAUCUUGCAUACUUCUUGGAGCAGUGAGCUUCUACUUUGCCCCAGGGGUGUGCUGAAAAUUCAAAUUGUGAAUAUUAGCAGUUUUAGAUGAAUUGUAAGACCUCAUAACUUCUGAUUGGCAGUAACUAUUAUGCAUAGCUAGGCUACUUGCUUUCUGGGCUUCCAGUGUUUUCCUGAGUGGGGCCAAUUUUAUUCUCCAUCAUUUACUGAUACAGUCAUGCAGCUAAGCACAUAUGGUGUCCUUCCCCCAGCACAGUAGGAUCCUUCACUUUACACGCUCUUGCCUUGUUUCCAUGACUUAGCUAAUAUCUUACAAACCUUUUUCAAAAACAUUACCUCAGCAAGCUUUCCUCAUUGAAAACUACCUCUUAUGUUCUCUGUGGGUUUUUAAUGAUGUUUGAAUCAUAGGAAUUUCUGUGUAUUGUAUAUUGCUUUAUAUAAGUGUUCAUAAAUAUCUUUGUUUCCUGGCCCCCUUAGCUAGUGUCUAAGAUUUCAUCCCCUCCUCUGACUUUCACAUACUUGACAGUCAGUUACAAAUGACUUGUCUGAUUUAGUUCUGGAGUUUAUAAAGAGUCUUUGAAUAUCUUUAAAAGCUGCAUAAAAGCUUGAGAUCCUUUAAAUAGUAAUCUGUUCCCAGGAAAUUCCAUUAAUUUUUAUCAUUUGUGAGUCUGUAUACCUACUUUCUUUGGAUCUGUUUUUUUUUUGUUUUUUUGUUUUUUUUACUUUUUGAGUUGGACUCUCACUCUCUCGCUCAGGCUGGAGUGCAGUGGUGGCACAAUCUUGGCUCACUGCAACCUCCUCCCAGGUUCAAGCUCUUCUCUUGCCUCAGCCUCCCCAGUGGCUGGGACUACAGGUGCCUGCCACCACACCUGGCUAAUUUUUUGUAUUUUUAGUAGAGAUGGGGCUUCACCAUGUUAGCCAGGCUGGUCUCGAACUCCUGACCUAAAGUGAUCCGCCCACCUCAGUCUCCCAAAGUGCUGGGAUUACAGGCGUGAGCCACCGCGCCUGGCCUUGAUUUUCUUAGGGCAUUACGUCUGUAUGGUACCAUCUUCAGAUCUAUGAAUGUAUAUUGGUGCAACAUAGUAUUGUCUUCCAUUAUAUUCUGAUUCUAAGGCAUUCAAUUUAAUUCUGAUUCUCAUAUUUUUUCUUAAGCUUUGAUUUACAAAGUUGAAAUUUGCUUUUGCUUUUUUAAUGAACUUGCUUACUGAAUUUUGCAUAAAAUAACUUCUUAUUGACUUGUAAAUAUUAAAUGGUAUUUGAUUCGAGGACAUAAUCCAAUUAUAUGCCACAGUAGAAACUGAGGAAAGAAUUAUCUCUAUAGUUGUUCAAGAUCAGCUUUGCUUCCUGAAGAUAAUGACCUAAAUGAUUCCAGAGUGGUAAUUUUUCUUUGUGUAACAGAUGAUUCCUUCGUGGAUGCCUAGAGUCUUUUCUGAGAUAUGUAGUGUUGCACAUGUGCGGUAGGAGAAAUGAACACUAAUUUACAGGUCAGGCCUGAGGUCUGCCAAGAAAGAAUACAUACUGGCCUGGGCCCUGCUUAAAGUGGUAUGUAUUACUGUCAGUCAAAAGCCAAAGUUGAAAACAACUUCUAAAGGUUGUAGCUACAUUUAAAUACCCUCCAGUAGUUACAUUUCCUCAGGUUUCAUAACUGCUUGCUUUACUCUGCAGUAGAGCAGAGUCCACCAUUUCAGAGCUUAAGAAUUUUGAAAAUUUCUACACAUUCAUGAAACAAAUACUGAUGAUAUUCAAUUCUUACGUUUUUUGUGUGUGUGUAGAUCAAAUCAUACAUAAUGUCUAGAAAAAGUUAAAUAUUUUAAGACCAUGUUAAAAAUUCACAAUUACAAAUUUAAAUGUUAGAAGUCACCAAAGAUUGUUCUAAUCUACAUAAAGACAUCUUUUAAUGGCUAGUCAGUUUAUAAAAUAAUAUCAUAAUGUUUACAAAUAUAUAGCUCUGAAUUUUAAAAAAUUUAACUUACCUCAUUUGUACUUCCCUGUGGCAAAGGCAGAUUAAAAAGAAAAAAGAAAAGUAUAUAUCCUGCUUUAUUAACAGCAUUAUAAUAUUCAACUUUGCUUACAAUAUUGUGAGCAUUUAAGAACAGAACAGAUACUCCUGCAGAUUUUUCAGUUUAGAUUACAUAUUUUAUCAGAAUCUUUGAAGAACUCAAUUCUGUAUUCCUCAUAGGUUUUAGCAUAACAUAGUCUAGGAGGGUUUUGACAUUGACCUCAACCCCUCUUAAAUCUUUUGUGGUUGAGGGACUAUUUCAGAAAGUGGCUCAGAGGAUCCAGUUUUUACUUCAUUCAUUUCCCAUUGUGCUACCACUAGUUUAUCUCAGCUAGAUCCUUCAAAGGCACGUUACAAUUAUGUUAUAAAGUAUAUAUAAGUAUGUUCUUUUUUUUUUUUUUUUUUUUUUUUGGAGAUGGAGCUUCACUCUUGUUGCCCGGGCUGGAGUGCUGUGGUGCCAUCUCGGCUCAAUGCAACCUCCGCCUUCUGGGUUCAAGCGAUUCUCCUGCCUCAGCCUCCCGAGUAGCUGGGAUUACAGGCAUGCGCCACUACGACUGGCUAUUUUUUGUAUUUUUAGUAGAGACGGGGUUUCUCCAUGUUGGCCAGGCUGGUCUCCAACUCCCGACCUCAGAUGAUCCGCCCACCUUGGCCUCGGAAAGUGCUGAGAUUACAGGCGUGAGCCACUGCACCCGGCCAUAAGUAUGUUCUUAAUGCUGGAAGAAUUGUAGCUAUUACCUGCUGCCUUCAGGUACAGAGACAAUCUGAAGUAAUCUGAUACUGCUUUUGGAAGUUUUUAACUAAAAAAGAGAAUGAUAUGACAACUUAUGAUAGUGGUUCAGAUAGCUCCUAACAAAGCUAAUGCUAAUCAAAUCAUAGGUUGUAAAUAUGAGAUAAUGUUAACACAAGUCAUAAUUAGCUAAAUAAAAGCUGUUUUCUCUUACAACUUUUAAUAGAUAUAACAUUUUUAGAAUAAUAAAAAGUAGGCUGGGUGGCUCACGCCUAUAAUCCCAACGCUUUGGAAGGCUGAGGCGCGCAGAUUGCUUGAGGUCAGGAGUUUGAGACCAGCCUGGCCAACAUGGUGAAACCCCGUUUCUACAAAAAAUACAAAAAAUUAGCUGGGGAUGGUGGUAUGCACCUGUAGUCUCAUCUACUCGAGAGGCUGAGGCAUAAGAAUUGCUUGAGCCUGGGAGGCGGAGGUUGCAAUGAGCUGAGAUCACGCCACUGCACUCCAGCCUAGACGACAGAGCAAGACUGCCCCCCCACCCAAAAAAAGAAAAAAAAAGUAUAUAUACUACUCAACUGAUGUAUUUUUUUUUUAAAUGCUGAAAUGUUAACUGGAAAAUAGUUGUGUAGGACUUCACAUUUUACACAGUAUUAUAUAGUUAGUUGCUUGUAUCUGGGCAGGUCAUAACAUUCUUGAUGACUGGGGCCCAAUUCCUGUUGAUCUGUAUUUCCAACAUCUAAUGCAGUGGCUGGCACAUGGAUGACAUUCAAAUCUGUGCUGAAUUUAGUUGUGAAUUAAAGGUGUUCUUACCUGGUCCCACAGAGCUGCAGCCACCUGGUCUAUUACAGCUCCCAGCUCUCGGUAUUCUCCAGAGUACCGGAUAUAUGCCCAAGUGCACAGGGUGAUAAGGGUCAGUCCCAUUAUCAUAUUGCAUAGGCUAGCUAUGAUGUCCAAACCAAUGAAUCCAGUCACACCAGCAAUCACAUAUGUGAUAAAGAUGACUACAAACAGUGUGGCUGGGGUACGAGCUGCAUGGAAGAUAUUUUUGCUAUCAUUGUGCUUGAUAUAUUGGAUGUAAAGUUCAUCUAUUUCACUCUCCAACUGCUGCAGGUAACGCCGGCUAAAUUCUUCCCCACCCAUCUUCUUCACCCCUCGGAAUAGCUUCACAGAUUCUUCCUUAAGUUGCAGGUGUUUGGUCUGCAAGUCAUUUGGGGCCAGAAAUGGUUUGUCACCACCACAAAUCUGUAUCAGAUAGAGAAGUAUUUGUUUAUGCAAUGCAGAGUAAAAUUGGCAACUGUAUCAAAAUUUUUCACUUAGCUAGUUGAGUUUGUUAGAAUACGUUAAUAAUCAGGAGCCUGCAUAUAUGUUUUGUCAGCCCACAUCUUUCCACCCCCUAUCCACGAGGCAUGACUAUAAAUGGGACUGGUAUUUUAUAGGUGGCUUAAAAUCAUUUUAAAUUUUUCUCUUUUUGACAUGGAAAAUAAUAUUUAUCACUUAAUCCAAGUCCUUCGAGAUGAAAAGACGUGUGACACAACAUGAAGUGCAAACUGAGUUCAUUCACAGAAUGAAUCCAAAUCUAAGAAAACUACGUAUAUCCAAAUUCUAGGAAAUCUAACUACACUGAAGUCAUUUUAACCAAUGAAGUUUAAUAAACAAUGAUCAAUGCUAUAAAGCUCUCAAAGUAAACUGUGAAAUACAUUCUUUAGCAGUUUUACUGAUUUUUAUUUGAAUGGAGCCAAUUGAGUAUUUUCUUCCAGAAACUAAGUUAGCAGUAUAUUAAAUGUUCUUGAAUAACAUUUUCGAUUUUUUGAAAAGUUACAAGGGUAAUCUCAGUUAACCAUACCAUUCACUUUGGUUACAGGCAUGCCUCAGAGAUAAUACAUGUUUGGUUCCAGACCACUGCAAUAAGCAAGUCACAUGAUUUUUUUAUUUCCUAAUUCAUAUAAAAGUUAUGUUUACAUUAUAUAGCAGUCUAGUAAAGUGUGCAAUAGCAUAUCUAAAAACCAUGUACAUAAUUCAAGAACACUUUAUUGCAUAAAAAUGCUGAGGAUCAUCUGAGCCUUCAGCACAUCAAUCUUUUUGCUGGUGGAGGCUCUUGCCUCGAUGUCGAUGGCUGCUGACUGAUUAGGGUGGUGUUGCUGAAGGUUGAGGUGGCUGUGGCAAUUUCUUAAAAUAUGACAACAGUAAAGUUUGCCAUAUUGAUAGACUUCCUUUCAUGAAAGAUUUCUCUGUAGCCUGGGAUGCCGUUUGACAGCAUUUUACUCAUAGUAGAACUUCUUUAAAAAUUGGAGUCAAUCCUCUCUAACCCUGCCAAUGCUUUAUCAACUAACUUUAUUUCAUAUUUUAAAGCCCUGGAAAGGAAAAGAGUAGGGGGAAGGGGAUGAAGAGAGGUUGAUUAAUGGGUACAAAUAAAGCAGUUAGAAGAAAUAAGACAGUGUUCAGUAGCUCAGUAGGGUGACUGUAAUUAGCAAUAAUCUAUUGUACAUUUCAAAAUGGCCAGAAGAGAAUAAUUCGAAUGUUCCUAGCAUAAAGAAAUAUUAAGGUGAUAAAUAUCCCACUUUCCCUGAUUUGAUCUUUACACAUUAUAUGGAUGUAUCAAUUUAUCGUAUGUACUCCAAAAAUAUGUACAUCUAUUAUGUACCAAUAAAAAAUAUUCUAAACC